UUUCUACAUACUUCUCGUCUUUCUUCUCUUUCUUCUCACAUCUUGCUGGACUCUUCACAUUCAGAUCUGUUGCACACGACCGUCCUAAGAUCGAAACAUACAACCUAGAUCCCGGCUGCCUCAGUUGAUCUGAUCGGAGGUCAGCCCAGAGAGUGGAACAUCAAGAGUCCUGGAGGAGAGAAGAGUGGCGCUGUAUCCACACUUUCCUUCCCGGGGGGCUGGCACCGACAAGCGAAGAGAAGCGAAGCGCGCGAUCCUUUGACUAAAACCACUUUAACUCUUGCAUCUUUCUUCGUUGACUCACCGAAACCAUAUUCCCAUACAUUAGGUUUGUUUUAUUACUCGGUUUUCGUUGUUCUUUCGUCGGCGAGGCACACCUAUACCCCUCACAUACAAGCGCCGGCGCCGAAAGACCCGCCAGCGCCAGCCACGAUCGAGUCAACCACUGGCUGGGAAUAACACUCGAUAACUCCAGGCGUGGUACCCCGCUAUUCACAACGCCUACAGCACCUCUUGGUCCUUUCCAGGUCCGGCAUAUCAACACUACAACACAAAAAGACGAUACAUACCUACCAACCGCCAAGAUGCCAGGCGAAGAGAUUAUCACCAUUGUCAACAAUUCGGGCAAGAUCAUCAGCACGGGGAGGCAGCUGAUGGGCAUCUUCAAAGAUGCUAAAGCUACAUACCGUGAGAGGAAAGAAGCCGCAAGGGCGGAGCGCGACUUCCAGAACGGCAGCUAUUCCUCCGGCCGAUCACGGGGAGAAGUCCACAUCACAGUUCCUCGUGGCCGACAAUACGAUGAAUACGACUCCCCGGGUCCCAUCAAGACGCUCGAUGGCGGCAGCAUCAGGGAUCGUAAGCUUAUCGGCAACAGCAGUGGGCGCCGCAAAUCCCACGAUGAUGACACCCGUUCCUUCGCUUCUCGCUACACCUCUACUUCGCGCAGCAAGUCCCACCGCAAGCGAUCAUCGUCUCAAGCGCCUAAUCCCUCGACAGCCCUAACAGAGGGAAAUCUGAAAACGUACACGGAAAUAUCGGCAACGGCGCCGUCAAAGCCACCAAAGGGGUACAGCAAAGACCUAGAACUCGCCAGGCGACCAAGUCUGAACCACGCCAACACCAUGCCUGCCAGCCCGACCUUCGACGUGGCCGCUUCGGGCAGUCGUAGUCGCAACCCCUUUCACCGUCGCCAAACCGAAACCCCAUCCUCGUCCAAGAACAAGAACAGAGACCGGGACCAAGACCUAGCCUACGGCGACCUUCCUCCUGACCUUCACCUGCGCGACGACCUCAACCGCGGCCGUUACCGCUCCUCCCAUGACAGCAUGAAUCACUCCUACCCCGUCCCGCCUCAGGGCAUCCCCACGUUCGCCCCCGACUUCACGCCCCAGGAACCCGAACAGAAGGAAGCGCUGGAUCUCAUCUCCCGCAUCGAAUCCUUUCUCCUCGAAGCACACUGCGUGCAGGCUUCAGCGUCGUGCAUAAUUGAAAAUCUGCAGCAGAACCCGGAAGCCGCGGCGGCUGUGGCGCUGUCGCUGGCCGAGCUUAGUGCGAUGAUUGGCAAGAUGUCACCUGCCUUCUUGGCAUUCUUGAAGGGUGGCAGUCCGGCCAUUUACGCCUUGCUUUGCUCGCCGCAGUUCUUGAUUGGUACCGGCAUUGCGGCCGGAGUGAUGGUGGUCAUGUUUGGCGGGUGGAAGAUCAUCAGGAAGAUCACGCAGGGGAAUGCGAAGCAGAAGGAGGCGGCGGUGGAGAUGAAUGCGGUUUCUGGGAAUGGGACUGCUAUGGGUGCUAUGGGAUUUGAUGCGGGGGCAAGGGCAGGUGCUGCUGCGGGAGGGCAUGAGGAUGCGUUGGUGUUGGAUGAGGAGUUGAGCACGAUUGAGUGCUGGAGACGCGGGAUUGUGGUGACGAGUGAGGAGGAGGCGGAGGUGGAGUUGAGGAGUCCGGAGGCGGAUAAGGCGUUGAAACAGAAGUAUAAGGAGGAGGUGGUGGAGGUAAGUCCAGAUGAUUCGGUUUCUCAGGUGGGAUUGGCGAGACGCACGACGGUGAAGAAGGAGCAUAAGCCGAGUGGGUUGAGGGAGAGGUUGAGGGAGGCUGUCGGUGGACAUUCUGAUAAGGAACGGGAUGGAAAGGACAAGGAGAGGGAGAGAGACAGCAAAGACAAGACCAGCAGCAGCAGACGCCACCGCGACGAUCUCGACAUUCCCGACCGCAAAUCCUCGCGUGACAAGAAGGAUAAAGCAACAAGCGAAGUCGGCGCCUCCUCUCAAGUCUCCUAUCGCAGCUCUCGCUCUCACCGCACAAGCGCUCGCAGCGAAGCUGGCGGCGGCUCCUCAUCGCGUUCGAAACUGGACAGAGAGAGAGAGAAGGACACCAAGGAUAGAGAGCGAAAGUCGGCCUCGAGAGUCGGCACCAGCAGCAGCAAGGAGGCGAAUCUGGAUGAUGGAGACAGCGCAAAGAAGAAGGGCAACAUGAUUAAGUCGUUGUUCAAGAAGAUGAAGGACAAGGAGGAUGAGAAGAUUGCCACCAAGGAGAGGGAAGAGAGGCGCGAGAGAGAUGGGAAGGAUAAGGAACGGGAGAGACGGACCUCCAAGGAGGGACAUGGAGAGCGUCAUAUGAGAAGGGCGGCGAGUGUCGCGAACUAAGGCGUAGGUCAUGAUGGGAUAAGCAAUGAUUUGAGAUGAACACGGAUAUGAACACGAUACAUGUAAGAGAUGGAAUUCUGGCAUUUUUUUAUUUUUUUUUGGCUGGCAAGAGGUGGGACUUGGGAUUACGGGAUGGGAUUGAUGGGAUCAAUGGGCUUGGACAUCGGGAUACAGGGCAGUCGCCACCGGAGCAAUCAACAACAUGUGCUGGACACGCAGCCGCGGCGGAAUUCCAACAGAACAUGAUGGGGCAGGAACCACGGCGUAUGAGGGGAUUGGUGUUGGUUUCCUUCUUUCAUUGUCUUCUCACAGAUUGGAUAAGUCCUUGUCAUUUUUUGGUCGAUACCUACCUAUCGCACUGGUUGAUUUCAUGUUCCUUUCUUCUUUCCCUCUUCAUCAUACAAAUGAACACAACCAGUGAUCCACACACCGCAGAAUUCAGAUGUGAUCUAUUUGCAACUUGUUGUUGUCGAGCGUGCUGUGCACAGGGAAACAACGAAGGGUAGGAGAUGAGACGCUCAAGAACACCGAAAUCCCAUGUCAAAAGCACGAAGAAUCACCAUGACACCCAGUCUCCCGGCCAAAAUACGACAUCCUCUUCCAUCAAUGCGCAUACAUUUCCAUCCGAACGUCUGCAGCAAAAGUCAGACCACACGAAUCGGAUGGAGAGGUAUGUUAUUUCAGAAAUUUCAUGGCUCUGACGAAACCAAUAUGCAAAGAUCUAGCCCUGCCUGCAGCUGCACGACUCCUGAACUUGCGUUUCUCACACCUUGACGCUCUUCAUGGAGUCCUUACAACGAUUUUUGCAAAGGAACGGCUAUAAGCGACUCGAUAUCGAACAUGGAUGUGUCAUCUUAC